AUGGCGUUGUUCUCAUCGCCCCAACCUCAACAACAUCAGCAACAACAAUCACAAUCACAAUCACAACCACCACAACCACAACCUGAAACUAAGGCUGAAGAGGACUAUGCCAUCGCCGAUUCCUUCAUCAAUUUCGAUUAUGUUCCCGAAAUCGAGGAAAUGUCUGCACAGAAUGAGACAGAUGGUGGCUCGGAACCGAUUGUUUCCGGCUCAGGGUCGACCCGUGUUGUGGAAGAACAUGGAGCUGGAGCUGAUGAGAGUGUAAAUGUGGGGGCUUUGGGUAGUAGCAGUAGGAUUAGGGAAGGGAUUGAACAAAUUAGCUUAGCGGGUGGAAGUGGUGGAAGUGAUGACGAUCAUGCAGAUGAUGAGGGUUCUUGUGAGAAUUCUGAGUCUAAGAGUGGCGCUUCCGCUUCUUCUUCACCUGAGCCGGAAGAAGGUGAGAUUAUAGAAUCUGAUAGGGAUGACGAUGACGAUGACGAUGACGAUGGUGGUCUUCUGAGAUCCAUUAGGUCAAAGAAUGAGCUUGAGAUUCUUCCUGUUGUUGCUCCGGUGAAUGUAACAUUGGGACCACACCAUCAGAUGCUUCCAGUGGGAGUUGUUGUAUCAUUUAUUGGUGCUAAGGUCACUAUCAAAAGCAUGGAGAAUCACCACCCUCUUAAUGAAGGUUCAAUUCUCUGGAUAACUGAAACUCGAACACCUCUGGGAUCAAUCGAUGAGAUAUUUGGGCAUGUGGAACGCCCCUAUUAUGUUGUAAGAUACAAUUCAGAGAAUCAAGUCCCCAAAGGGAUCUAUCAAGGAGCUUCGAUAUCGUUUGUUCCGGAAUUCACUGAUUUUGUCCUUAACAGCAAUGCUGAUCUAUUUAAGAAAGGAUAUGAUGCAUCAUCUGGUGAUAAUGAUGAGGAGUUUUUGGAUGAUGAGAAAGAGGCUGAAUACUUGAGAAAACUAAGAAUGACAAAGAGAGGCAGUAGUGAUCAAAAUGUUGGAGGUAGGAGAGCCGCACCAUUGCAUGAUCAUGGACAUCAUUCAACUUUUGCAGGCAAUGCACGAGGCCUUCUUGCACUGCCCGCACCGUUGCAUGAUCACAGACAACAUUCAACAUUUUCAGGCCACGCACAAGGCCCUUUUCUUCCAGCUGCACCAUUGCAUGAUCAUGCGCAACCGUCAACAUUUUCAGGCAACGCUCAAGGCUCCUAUGCAGUGACAACCGUAGUUCCCCCAUUCACUCCUGCAAAUGCCAACCCUCCAUUUGGAAUUUGGACAAAUACAGCUACAAUUCCGCAGCCUCAGCCUGCAGCACCAUGGUUGACACCAAAUACUCAAAUUCCUCAUCAGUGGCCUCAACCGGUUGUUCCCUUUCAGCAGCAGUUGAAUCCCAACCAAGUGCUUCUACUAGCAACAAUGUUUCCUGGGGUGCAACCCAAUAUAUUAGCACAGCAAGCUAUGUAUCCACAGGGUAAUUGGGGUCAAAACCAAAUGCCAUUCGGGUUGAAUAUGAACUCACCAUUCCCUCAGAUUCAGCAUCCUCCUAUAUAUGCUGGACAGCAGGGUUCUUCAUCCAAUGGAUUUCAGUCACAAACAAACCAUAGUUUGGAUUCUAACUCUGUUCCAUUCAAUCACCAUGCUCCACAUCAAUUUCAUCCAGGUUCAUCUGCUAACUGUGGGAGAAGACCAUUUCAUCAUCAUGGGGGUAGGAGAGGUUGGAACCCAGCCAGGUGA